AUGACGGACGAGGCGAAUGCUCACUAUCACUCCAUAAUUACCGAACUAUUUGAAGGGCACGAAUUUCUGCAGAACAAUGUUGGCCAAGAAUUUGUGCCAAAGAGCCAUUGGUCGAUCGAUCCAUUCGGGUUGUCCCCGUCGCUACCGCUGCUACUCUCUGAGGCAAACAUUACUGAUGCCGUUUUGCAAAGGGUUCAUUACUCCGUCAAGAAGAAGCUCGCUGAAAGGAAACAACUGGAGUUUAUGUGGCGCCAAUUCUGGGGAGGAUCCGGUGCCCGACACGAUGUCCGAUCUCAUCUCUUCCCCUUCUACUCAUAUGACAUCCCUCACACUUGCGGCCCCGAACCAAAAAUCUGCUGCCAGUUUGACUUCAAGCGGCUGCCAGGAGGCAAAAUCUCCUGCGACUGGCGCGUUCCUCCACAGGCUAUUAACAGCACGAAUGUCGCGCAACGAGCAUUCAUGAUCUACGAUCAAUACCGGAAGAAGAGUCAACUCUUCAAGACCAACGUGCUGCUGAUUCCGCUGGGUGAUGAUUUCAGAUACCAGGAUGAUUUCGAGUGGGAUAAUCAGCACGACAAUUACAAACGGCUCUUCGAUUAUAUGAACAACAGACCAGAGUGGAACGUGAAGGCCCGCUUCGGCACCCUGGCUGACUAUUUUGAUGCGUUGGAAUCGAGGUUGAAGGAGGAGCGGAAGCAGCUGCCCAUUUUGUCCGGCGAUUUCUUCACCUAUGCUGAUCGUGACGAUCAUUAUUGGAGUGGCUACUUCACGUCAAGGCCCUUUUACAAGCACAUGGAUCGCGUCCUACAACACUACCUGAGAACUGCCGAAAUUUCCUACUCCCUGGCGCGCAUAGACGGCGGCGGCGAUCUGGACGAUGGCGUUUUGUCAAAAUUGGUUGAGGUCCGCCGAGCCCUCUCGCUUUUCCAACAUCAUGACGGCGUUACUGGCACGGCCAAAGCGGCGGUGGUGAAUGAUUACGGAGAAAAGAUGCUCUCCGCGCUGAAACGUGCCGAGGAGGUCACGACGAUUGCCAUUGGUUCUUUGCUGGGCAACAAGUCUCGUAUAUCGAUGUCGUUUGACGAAUUUCGGGCCAAGCAAGACGCGAUGCCGGAAGCGCGUGUCUUUGAGGCUGAUAGCUCGCUCCUACUUUUCAACACUUUGGCGCAUGCGCGGGCUGAAGUUGCCUGUAUCCAGGUGGCUUCUCCUAACAUUCGAAUCAAGCGUUCCGACGGCACCCCACCCGAACAACAGCUUGCCCCAGUUCUCGUCCACCGAGGCGGUCGCGUUCACAGCCAACCCGGACGAUUUGAGGCGAGGCUUACGCUGUGCUUCUGGGCAGAGGUCUCAGCCCUUGCAUCCGAAGUUUUUGAGCUACAUUCGAUGGACGAGCCGUCGACCGCUGAGCUGGUGCUCGUCAAAGGCCGAGCAAAACCGGAAGGUCUUGACGAUUUCUUCGAAUUCGAGCAAAUCAGCGGAAGCGUCGAGCUAUCUAACUCCUUACUGACGGCUGUCUUCAGUGGCAACACCGGGUUUUUGAAGGAAAUUCGUCUGGAAUCCGGUGAAAAAGUUGAUGUCAACGCGCACUUUGUAAAGUACGGGGCCCGCCCUAGUGGAUCGCUAAAAAAUCGUGGUGGCGACAACCUCUCCGGUGCGUAUAUCUUCUUGCCGAAUGGGACAGCAAAACCGAUGGAGGGAUCCUACUCAAUCGGCAUUUGCAACACCAUCGAUCUCAGCAACCGUCCCGAUAAUAUCGAGGUGGCGCUUCGUUUUGAGACGAAUAUCGACAGCGGCGCCGACCUGUUCACCGAUUUGAACGGCCUGCAGAUGAUUCGUCGCCGACGAAUGCUCGAAAAGCUGCCCCUUCAAGCGCACUUCUAUCCGAUGCCCGGAAGCGCCUAUAUUGAGGCGAGACGCGACUUUAUU